ACGAUAACAUGCGCUAGCCUUCUACGCCCUUCUUUGGGCCAGGCUUCCGACAAGCCUGCCCUGAAGCCGGACUGCCACACUUGUAAAUAGUCCUAAUGACAAAAACAAGCAAGCGCCAGCAGAAAAAUAAGCAAAGCAAUAGCUGUCGCAGCAAGGCUGGCGGCGACACUGCGCUCGCCGGGCUUGACUUGCUUUCAGAUGAGCUACGGCAGCAAUAUGAGGACGCUGGAAUCAAUGCGUCAGAGCUCCUCGUGGCCUCAGGACCGAAGAAAAAGGACUCAAAGCAGGGAGGCGGCAAAGCUGCCGAGCCGGAACCGGAGCUAAGCAAGUCGCAGCUGCGCAAGCUCAAGCAGGUCCAGCUGAAGAAGGAGCGCCGCGAGAAUUUGUCGCAGGUGCUGGCCUCCCUCCAUGAGCACGCCGCCAGCGACAGCGCCCUGGCCCUGCUGCGGCCGCUGCACCAACGCGGCCACCGCGAGACCAAGAAGCAGCGGCUGCGGCGGGAGCUGCAGCUGCAGCGGGCGGGCAUCGCGCCGGCAGCAGCAGCAGGCGAGGGGGCGGGCGGCGGCAGCGAGCUUCUGCGGCGGCGGCGGGUGCCGGGCGCGGGGGAGGAGAUGGAGCGGAGCGACGACUCGGAGGAGGAGGAGGACGAGAGCGAGGACGAGGAGCCAGUGAAGGGCGGGGCGGCGGCUGCGGGUGCUGGUGCUGGUGCGGCAGCCCGUACGGGUGCGGCCAGUGGCGAUGACAGCGGCAGCGACAGCGGCAGCGAGGGGCAGCGGGAGCAACCACCACAGGCGGCACGGCCGGCCGCCCUGCCGCCGCCGCAGCCCAAGGCGCCAGUGGACCCGGAGGUGGCGGCGGCCGCGGCUGCGGCGGCUCGCAAGGAGGCGAUGCGGGCGGCCAAGCAGGAGGCGGAGCGCAUCCGGGCGCAGGAGCUGGGGGGCGCGGUGCCAGCAGUGCAGGAUGAGUCCCUAGGCGACGGCGCGGAGGUGGCGGCGGCGCGGCGCCAGGCCGCCGCCGCCGCCGCCGAGGCCUCCCAGUGGCCGCACCGGGUGGUGCACGUGUCGCGGCCGGCAGCCAUCACGGCGGCGCGGCUGGGGCUGCCCAUCAGCGGCAUGGAGGCCGACAUCAUGGAGGCGGUGGCUGCCAACGACGUCAUCGUGCUGGCGGGAGAGACCGGCUGCGGCAAGACCACACAGGUGCCGCAGUUCCUGCUGGAGGCGGGCUACGGAUGCCGCGACUACCCGGAGCGCGGCGGCGCGGUGGGCAUCACGCAGCCGCGGCGCGUGGCGGCGGUCAGCACGGCGCAGCGCGUGGCGGAGGAGCUGGGGUGCGCCAUUGGGGAGGCGGUGGGGUACCAGGUCCGCUACGACCGCGCUGUAGGCUCGGGCACGGCGCUCAAGUUCAUGACGGACGGCAUCUUGCUGCGCGAGCUACAGCUGGACUUCGCGCUGUCCGCAUACAGCGCCAUCAUUGUGGACGAGGCUCACGAGCGCGCUCUCAACACCGACCUGCUGCUAGGCAUGCUGUCUCGCAUCGUGCCGCUGCGCCGGCGGCUGUGGCGGCAGCGGCAGGAGGCGCUGGCCCGCGGCGAGGCGCCGCCGCCCGGGCCGCCCGUGUACCCGCUCAAGCUCAUUGUGAUGAGCGCCACGCUGCGCACCUCGGACUUCACAGAGAACAAGCGCCUGUUCGACAGCCCGCCGCCAGUCAUCAACGUGCCUGCCCGCCAGUUCCCGGUGACGGUGCACUUCAGCCGCCGCACCGAGAUGACCGACUACGUGUCGGCGGCCUUCCGCAAGGUCACGCGCAUCCACGCCGAGCUGCCGCCGGGCGGCGUGCUGGUGUUCCUCACGGGGCAGCGUGAGGUGGAGCAGCUGUGCAAGCGCCUGCGCAACCACUACGCAGUGCAGCGGGCCCGGCGGGAGGCCGGCGGCGCAGCAGGCGGCGGUGACGAGGGUGGUGCGGAGGCGGAGGCGGAGGUGGAGGUGGAUGAGGAGGCGGAGCUGGUGGAGCAGUAUGGGGGCGGCGGCGGCGACGGGGCGGAGGUGGCGGGCGACGCGGCGGAGCGGCGGCGGCGAGCCGGCGGCGGCGAGGAGGAGAUCGAUGACUACGGGGAGAUGAACGGCGACGACCCCGAGGGCGACGAGGACGAGGAGGAGGUGGUGGUCAUGGGCGGAGACCAGUUCACGCCGGAGGAGAUCGCCGAGGCCGAGCGCCGCUUCGAGGAGACCUACGGCCGCCAGAUGCCGGGGGCAGCCGGGGCAGCCGGGGCAGCAGCGGCGGGAGGGGCGGGAGGGGCGAAGGGCGCGGGAGGGGCGGAGGCGGCUCAGGGCGCGGCGGCGCCUGUGUACGUCCUGCCGCUGUACGCCAUGUUGCCGCAGGCCCGCCAAGCCAAGGUGUUUGCGCCGCACCCGGCCGGCAGCCGCCUCAUCAUCGUGGCCACAAACGUGGCGGAGACGUCGCUGACCAUCCCGGGCAUCCGCUAUGUGGUGGAUGCGGGCCGCAGCAAGCAGAAGCUGUUGGAGGACACCAGCGGCGGACAGAUGGCCAGGUACGAGGUGCGUUGGAUCAGCAAGGCCAGCGCCUCGCAGCGCGCCGGCCGCGCCGGCCGCACCUGCCCCGGCCACGCCUACCGGUUGUUCAGCAGCGCGCACUUCAACGACACCUUCCCAGACCACUCGCCGCCCGAGAUCGUGAACACCAGCCUGGAGGGCACCGUGCUGGUCAUGAAGGCCAUGGGCGUGGACCGGGUCCACAAUUUCCCCUUCCCCACGCCGCCCGAGCCGGCGGCGCUGCUGGCGGCGCACGGGUGCCUGGAGGCGUUGGGCGCACUGGUGCCCGGCAGCGGCCGCCUCACAGACAUCGGGCGGGCCAUGGCGGCGUUCCCCAUCAGCCCGCGACACGCGCGCAUGCUGCUCGAGGUGCUGCGGUGGCACAAGUCGCUGUCGGCGGAGCGGGAGUCGGAGCGGGAAGCCGACCGUGACGCCGGCGCCGCCGCUGGGCCGCUAUCGGUGCCGGAGGCGGUGGCCCGGCGGGCGGGCCGCGCGCUUCCGUACGCUGUGGCUCUGGCGGCGGCGGUGAGCGUGGAGAGCCCCUUCAUCCACAUCGACACGGUUGGCGGCGGCGACGAUGACGGCGGCGGCGGUGCGGGUCGUGACCAGGACGACGGUGCCGAUGCAGACCAAGAGCAGGCAGAGGCCGGCGGCGCCGGCGGGGCGGCGGCGCGCGGCAAGCGCGGCGGCGGCAAAGCGGAUCGCCGCGACGUUGACGGCGGCAAGAAGCAGGCGCCCAAGAAGGCCCGACGCGGCAACGGUGGCGGCCGGGAUGAUUACGAGGAAGAGGAAGAGGACGAUCGCGGUGAUGCGGAGGAAGAGGAGGAGGAGGGACGCGCGGGACCAGGCCCAGGCAGCGCUGCCCGGCGCGCCGCGGCUGCUGCUGCCAAGGAGGCCUCGCGGCGCAAGCGCGAGGCGGCGGCGGCGCUGCAGGCGCGCUUCCGCCAUCCGCACAGUGAUGCCCUAUCGGCUCUGGCGGCGCUUGUGGCGUUCGAGGCGGCGGGCGAGGACGAGGAGUUUGCGGCACGGCACUACCUGCACGGCCGCAACCUGAGGGAGGCGGCCGACCUGCACAAGCAGUUGCUGCGGGUGCUGGCGCUACAGCAGGCGCGCGACGCCGCCGGUGGCGGGGCGGGGGCGCGAGGGGAGGGCGGCGGUGCACUGGCGGAGGAGCUGGCGGCGGCAGCAAAGGAGAUUGCGGCGGCUAUGGCGUUGGCGCCGGAGGCGCGGAGCGGCAAGGCGCAGGCGGCUGCGGCCGCGGCGGCGGCGGCGGCGGCGGCGGCGGCUGGGGCCAGGGACGUGGCUGGGGCGACGGCGGCGGCGCUGCUGCCGGAGCGAGUGACGGCAGUGCUGCGGCGGGCUCUGGCGGCGGGCUGGGCGGACCAGGUGGCUCGGCGGGUGCGCACGUCCGAGUACCUGAAACAGCUGGGCGAGAGCAGGCGCAAGCACCACGCGGUGCGCUACCAGCCCGCCUGCCUGCCCGACCCCGCAGACCACGUGUUCCUGCACCCCCGCUCCGCGCUGCACGGCUCGCCGCCCGAGCUGGUGGUGUACGGCGGCCUGCUGCGCACCGACAAGCGGCCCUACAUGGCGGGCCUCACAGCAAUCGAGCCCGAGUGGCUGACGGAGAGCGGCACGCCGCUGUGUGUGCUGUCCGAGGCACCGCUGGCCGACCCCCCGCCCGCCUACCGCGGCGGCGCCACCGACGCAGUGGUCGCCUACCGCGAGGCCCGGUACGGGCUGCACGGCUGGGCGCUGCCGGCCGUGGCGGCGCCGCACCCCGACGCGGCGGAGCGGGCGGCGGUGUUUGGCGCGGCGCUGUUGGAGGGGCGAGUGCUGCCGGCGCUGGCGGACCUGCGGUCGCACCUGGCGGCCUCUCCCGCCAUGCUGCUGCGGCCUGAGCUCCGCGGCGUGGCGCGAGUGGGCGAGCUGGUGGGGGCUCUCAGCCGCGCGCGUGUCGACAGCCGUGCCUCCCUGGCGGCGGCGUGGCAGGCGCAGCCGGGGCUGUUGCAGCGGGAGCUCACUGCCUGGGUCACCAAGAGCCAGCAGGGCGCGCUGCUGCGGCUGUGGCCGCGGCUGCUGGAACAGGCGGCGGCGCCGCCAGCGGCAGGGGGCGCAGGGGCGGGUGCAGGUGCUGGGGCGGGGGCGGGAGAGGGGAAGAAGGAGAGGCCAAAGGUUGCCAUUGCAGUGAAGACGGCGCCUUUGGCAGUCUCAUCAGCAGCAACAGCUAAGGCACGCAAGCAGGCAGUGGUGAAGCAGGGGAAGAGCAAGAAGCAGUAGCAUGAGCAGUGGUGUUGUGCAUAGCAUGGCAGGGUGCUGAAGCACACGAAUGGUGUGCAUGUGCAUACGGUACCCGAGCUGUGAUGCAGUAAUUGUAUGUGUGAACCACGCACGUACAGGGUCAAAUGUCAACUUGCGGUGUGUGUGGGCUGCUAUGAGGCUCCGGUGUAUAACCGAGAGCAUGUGCUACCGGAUCACCUGCAGAAGUAUAGUGCUGUCAAGCCAGUAAGUAAAGUGUAUGUACGAGCCUGUGCCCGGCACAUGUAGAAGCGACGGUACUCACGU